AGCUGAAGCACACACUAUACACACACUAUACACACAUACACUAUAAGUACACCCACAAGUACAUUGACCAAAAGAAAGAUUUUCACACACACAUACUCACAGAACACACAUCUACACACUGGAAACACACAUUCACAUACAGCAACACCCUCUGAUACCGUCAGACAUCUGAAGUGACCCUUGAGAGAGAGAAAGAGAGGACUUUACUGCCUAGACAUGCUGAGGGGGACACUUCUCUGGGCUGGCCUGAUGGGAUUCUAUGUCAUCAUCACCCAGUGUCCAGCCUCUUGCCAGCUGAGCGAGGACGACGCAGAGACCCUCGUGGAGCUGCACAACAGCUACCGUGGCCAGGUGGUGCCCAAUUCCACCUACAUGCAUAAAUUGAAAUGGGAUGAGAAUCUGAAGAUCAUAGCUGAGGGCUAUGCUGUGAAGUGUAUAUGGGAGCACAACCCGGAUCUAGAGGAGCUGAACAUGGGAGAGAACCUGUUUGUGUCCAACGGACUCUUUGACCCCAACAUUGCCAUGGAGAAGUGGUUCCUGGAGCACCUAGACUACGACUACAACAACAACAGCUGCCAGGAUAACAAGAUGUGUGGACACUACACUCAGAUGGUGUGGGCGGACUCUCACUCAGUGGGCUGUGCUGUUCAUCGCUGUGACACCAUGGAGGGGCUGUCCUUUGAGAAAGCCACCUUCCUAGUCUGCAAUUAUUACCCAGCAGGUAACUUUAAUGAUGAGAAACCCUAUGAGGAAGGUGAAUGGUGCUCCAAGUGUCCAGACAACCUGCCGCGAUGUGAUCAGAACCUCUGUGUGCCUGAUGCCCCUGAGCUUACAGAGGAGACUGAUGUAGAGAAGGAGACAAUGGACAGCUCUCCCCCAGGCACUGAUGAGCCCUCCACACACACAGCCACCACCACAGCCACAGCCACCACCACAGCCACCACCACAGCCACCGAGGACACACCGCCAUCACCACCGAGGACACAACCAGACUACUCAUCAGCCCCUGAGCCAACCAUGACUGACAGAGAGGAGACAGGCACAGAGCCUGGGGAUGAGGAGGAGGAGGAGGAGGAGGAGGAGGAGGAGGAGGAGCAGGAGCAGGAGGAGGAGAAGUGGGAGGGGGAGGAAAGAGCUACAGAGAGGGAGAAGGACAGUACUAGGGAACAACCUCCGGCCAACGCAGGAAGUGUUUCUACUUCCCUAAUUCUGGUUACUAGCUUGAUGCCUUUACUGUCACUAGGAUUGUGAGGGAGUUGCAUGAGGGAAAAGGUAUCACACACACACACACACACACACACACACACACACACACACACACACACACACACACACACACACACACACACACACACACACACACACACACACACACACACACACACACUAUCUGGAUCUGAACUGGACAUUGCUGGAAGUUGAAUUACAUUGUGAUAUAAUUAAGCAAAUAAGGGCUGAGGGGGUGUGGUAUAUGACCAAUAUACCACAGCUAAGGGCUGUUCGUAUGCACGACGCAUCGCAGAAUGCCUGGAUACAGCCCUUAGUUGUGGUAUAUUUGUCAUAUAUAUAUAUUGGUCAUAUACAUUGGUCUGAUAUACCACGGCUGUCAGCCAAUCAGCAUUCAGGGCUCGAACCACCCAGUUUAUAGUUAAGCAAUAAGGCACGAGGAGGUAUAUAGAAAAUAUACCACGGCUAAGGGCUGUUCUUACGCACGACGCAAAGCGGAAUGCCUGGAUACAGCCCUUAGCCGUGGUAUAUUGGCCAAACACCACAAACCUCUGAGGUGCCUUAUUGCUAUUAUAAACUGGUUACCAACGUAAUUAGAGCAAUAAAAAUACAUGUUUUGUCAUUCCUGUGGUAUACGUUCUGAUAUACCACGAGUGUCAGUCAAUCAGCAUUCAGUGCUCGAACCACCCAGUUUAUAAUUAUGUAUACAGCAUGGAUUUAUAUGAAAUAAACCAAAGUAGCUCAUUUGAUGGUUAUUUAGCCAUUAUUUGCUGGCAAAUAAUUACAGUUGGUAGUUUGCCAUAUGCCUUCUUAGCAAUAAGCAUAGAACAUACAGUAGUUAACAAUGUAAUAUAACAGUUGUAUAAAAACAGUCACGACCUGUGACCAAUCUAACAGCAACUACUUUUUAAAGCAAGGCACAUCCUCUAUAAACAUGUGAUUCCUAAGCCUAAAGGAGCAUAACUAUUGUCAAUAUUGAAUAUUUCUGUAAAUGUCUGUAUAUAGAGUGUAAUAAAUAUUGUUUGUUCUA